GGAGUUUUCCUCAGGGAAUCUUUCUUGCUGUGGCCGGUGACCCUGUGGUGCGGCAGAAGCACUUAAAAACCGUUGCGUGCGUAUAAUGCUGGCGGAGAGAGAGCCACUUUGUGACGCAAGGGAGCAAUCUGUAUCCAGCUCUGUGUGGGCCUGGACCCUGGCUUGCGCUGUUCUCCUCAGAGGCCGAAGUAGACAUAAGAAAAGCCCUGAAAGAAUUACUGCUGGAGAUGGGCGCCUUGGACUCCACCUCCACUCCCUCAAACAUUCGUGAGCAGCCAAGGGAACCGGCAUAUUUGCCAUGAAGUACCUAAAAAAGGCGGAGAAUUAUAAACUGGCCUGGGGAGGAGAAAUAGAAAGGUUUGCAAAGGAGGUGGCCCCAUCUUAAGGAGGCGCACAGUAUUCGUUUAAAUAAGAGAUGGGGAAUUCCCUGGCGGUCCUGGUUAGGACUCAGGGGCCAAAAAAAAAAUUGAUGUUAUAAGAAGGCAAAAAAUACACACUAGUUAAAAUUGUUUACAGCCGGACUUACCUGGUGAUCCAGUGGUUAAGACUUUGAGCUUCCACUGCAGGGGGCAUGGUUUUGAUCCCUUGUCGGGGGGAAAUAAGAUCCCGCAUGACCCACGGCAAAAAAAAAAAAAAAAAAAUGUUGACAGAGACAACUAAAUCCCAAAUCCUGAAGGAGUUGGGGCUCACUCUAGUAUCUGGUUUAAAUCAUCUCUUAUACUGGGACAGUUAGACCUUUCUGGAUGAAGGUUUGACCUGAGGAAAUUUUCCUGACACUAAUUAUAAGUCUUGAUGGUCCAAGGCUAAUUAUUUGGCCAGUUGGUCAAGGACAUGGAAAGAGCACGAUUGGAGAACUGGUGACAAGGAAGCCUUGGGAAGGGAUAUGGUGAUGGACUUUGCAGAAUGAAUCUUAAGAGUCAUAUGGAUGAAAUGAACAGCUUUGUGGAUUAAACUCAGCCUCCUUUUCCAGGCUCAGUGGACUCAUGAAUGAAAUGGUGAUGAUAACAAGGUUGGAGCUGUGCAUGGGAUCACCAAGCCACUGCUGAGCGUUCAGGCUGCUAGCAGCAGUGAGCAGUCCUGAGCUGGUGAUAUGCCUCAUGCUCCAGGAAGACCAGCCAACCACUUGGAGGCAAGCGGAUUCCAUUGGCCCUCCCCGUCAUCGAGGAAGUGCCUGGAAAAAGAUUCAUGAAAUGAUAAGGCCUUUUAACAGAUUUGUCCACAUGUUUAAAUACAUGUUCUCUGGCUCCAUGAUCAAUCCAUUUACUGAAGGAAGUGAAGGUGACCAGAGGCAUCACAUGAACAGAGAUGGGCAGGGAUGCAGUUGCGAGGACCUAUGGGUCUGUGUCCUGCUCUGCCGGCUGUCUCAGAGCUUUGGAGCUGCCCCUCCCAGAAGGGCUUCAAUUGCCAGGAGCAGAAGCUUGGACUCUGCGAGAGACUUGCUCUGCGGAAAGCUUCAAGAGGUACCACAGGGGCUGCUGCCUGGAGCCACCUUACCAGGAGGCAGGGUGAAGAUGGAUGACAGGUGCUACCCGGUGAUCUUCCCAGAUGCGAGGAAUUUCCGCCCCUUCACUCCUGACUCUUUGGCUGCAAUCAAGAAGCGGAUCGCCAUCCAAAAGGAGAAAAAAAAGUCCAAAGACCAGACAGCAGCAGAACCCCAGCCUCGACCUCAGCUUGACCUAAAGAUGUCCAGAAAGUUGCCCAUGCUCUAUGGUGACAUUCCCCAUGAGCUGAUAGGGAAGCCCCUGGAAGACUUGGACCCAUUCUACAGAAAUCAUAAGACAUUUAUGGUGUUGAACAAAAAGAGAACAAUCUACCGCUUCAGUGCCAAACGUGCCUUGUUCAUUUUUGGGCCUUUCAAUUCAAUCAGAAGUUUAGCCAUUAGAAUUUCAGUCCAUUCAUUGUUCAGCAUGUUCAUCAUCUGCACCGUCAUCAUCAACUGCGUGUUCAUGGCCAUGACUCGUGGGAAGGACAGCAUUAACAUAGAUACUGAGAGUGCUGAGUAUGUCUUCACUGGGAUUUAUAUAUUUGAAGCAUUAGUUAAAAUAUUGGCAAGAGGUUUUAUUCUGGAUGAGUUUUCUUUCCUUCGAGAUCCGUGGAACUGGCUGGACUCCAUUGUCAUUGCAACAGCGUUUGUAUCAUAUUCACCAUAUAUCAAGGGCAGCAGCAUCAGUCUGUCAUCCCUGCGUACCUUCCGAGUGUUCAGAGCUUUGAAAGCAAUUUCAGUAAUUUCAGGUCUGAAAGUCAUUGUUGGGGCCUUGCUGCGCUCUGUGAAGAGGCUUGUCGAUGUGAUGAUCCUGACUCUCUUUUGCCUCAGCAUCUUCGCCCUGGUCGGUCAGCAGCUCUUCAUGGGAAAUCUGAACCAGAAAUGUGUGAGGAAAGACUGUGACUCUGACUAUAAAGACUAUUGCUUUGAAAAGAAAGAUUCCACUGAAUUCAGAAUAUGCGGCACAUGGAUGGAGAGUGGGGCUUGUUCUGAACAAUUUGAAUGCAAACAUACCAAUAAAAAUCCUGACUAUAAUUACACGAAUUUUGACAACUUUGGCUGGUCUUUUCUUGCCGUGUUCCGGCUUAUGACCCAAGAUUCCUGGGAGAAGCUUUAUCAACAGACUUUGCGCACCUCAGGGCUCUACUCAGUCUUCUUCUUUGUGGUGGUCAUCUUCCUGGGCUCUUUCUACUUGAUUAACUUAACCCUGGCUGUUGUCACCAUGGCUUAUGAGGAACAGAACAAGAAUGUAGCUGCUGAGACAGAAGCCAAGGAGAAGAUGUUCCAGGAAGCCCAGCAGCUGUUAAAGGAGGAGAAGGAGGCUCUGGUUGCCAUGGGUAUUGACAGAAGCUCACUUAAUUCCCUUGAAGCAUCGUCUUUUUCCCCGAAGAAGAGAAAGCUAUUUGGUAAUAAGAAAAGAAAAUCCUUCUUUUUGAGAAAGUCUGGGAAAGACCAGGUUCCAGGAUUAGAUUCUGAUGAAGAUUCUUCAAAAAAGCCACACCUACUUGAACAAACCAAACGACUGUCCCAGAAUCUGUCAGUGGACCACUGUGAUGAGCAUGGAGACCCCUUCCAAAGGCAGAGAGCGCUGAGCGCUGUGAGCAUCCUUACCAUCACCAUGCACGAACAAGAAAAAUCACAGGAACCUUGCCUCCCAUGUGGGGAAAACCUGGCAUCCAAAUACCUCGUGUGGGACUGUAGCCCCCGGUGGCUGUGCAUUAAGAAGGCCCUGAGAACCAUGAUGACUGACCCCUUUACUGAGCUGGCCAUCACCAUCUGCAUCAUAAUCAACACUCUCUUCUUGGCCAUGGAGCAUUACAAAAUGGACCAGAGUUUUGAGAAUAUGUUGUACACAGGGAAUUUGGUUUUCACUGGCAUUUUCAUGGCUGAAAUGUGCCUAAAAAUCAUUGCGCUGGAUCCCUACCACUACUUUCGUCGAGGCUGGAACAUUUUUGACAGCAUUGUUGCUCUUCUGAGCUUUGCAGAGGUGAUAAUAAAUAGUAUGUGUCCAGGAAAACAAAGUUGUAUGUCACUUCGUUCCUUAAGAGUGCUGAGGGUCUUCAAGUUAGCCAAAUCCUGGCCAACUUUAAACACACUGCUUAAGAUAAUUGGCCAUUCCGUUGGAGCCCUUGGAAACCUGACUGUGGUCUUGGCCAUUGUGGUCUUUAUUUUCUCAGUAGUUGGCAUGCAGCUUUUUGGCUCUAAAUUCAAUUGCAUAAAGAGUAAUUCAAAGUCCCAUGAUCCUGCAGUCCCAUGUUUACGACGCUGGCACAUGGGGGAUUUCUACCACUCCUUUCUGGUGGUAUUCCGCAUCCUCUGUGGGGAAUGGAUCGAAAACAUGUGGGAAUGUAUGCAAGAAGCUAACCAAGCACUGUGCAUUAUUGUGUUUCUGUUGAUCAUGGUGAUAGGAAAACUCGUGGUACUCAACCUCUUUAUUGCCUUGCUGCUCAAUUCCUUCAGCAAUGAGGAGAGAGAUGGACACUUGGAAGGAGAAGUCAGGAAAACCAAAGUCCAGUUAGCCCUGGACCGGUUCUGCCGGGCUUUUUGUUUUGUGAUGUAUACUCUUGAGCAUUUUUGUACCAAGUGGUGCAGGAGACAACAUUUACCAAAGCAAAAAGAGGUGACAGAAGGCCCUGAGGCAGAGAGCAAAGGUGUCAUUCCCCUGGUCACAGAGAUGAGAAAGGGCCCAGAGACCUGGGAGGAGUUUGGUGUACUGACUUCCGCACCAAAGACCUUGAGUGUCGGGCAUGAUCGGACUUGGUUGGCCCCACUAGCAGAGGAAGAAGAUGAUGCUGAAUCCCCUGGUGAAGAUAAGGCACAGCCUGUCACACAACCUGAGGCUGGAAAACAGUGUCAGGCCAGUGAACUCCAUCAGAAGACCAAGGAGCCCACCAGUCCAGGAGCUCAGAGUAUGGAAAUGGACAUAUUCUCUGAAGAUGAUCCUUAUCUGUCGAUACAGAAUCCCCGAAAGAAGUCUGAUGCUACGAGUGUGCUCUCAGAAUGUAGCACCACUGGUCCACAGGAUCCCUUUAGGCGGGUACUUGAAAUGGUUCCCAAAAAGGAACCAGAGAGAUGUUUGCCCAAAGGCCUGGAUUGCUGCUCUCCAUGCUGUACUGUGGACAAGAGAAAGUCCCCUUGGAUCAUUUGGUGGAAACUGCGGAAAACCUGCUACCAAAUAGUGAAACACAGCUGGUUUGAGAGCUUUAUUAUCUUUGUGAUUCUGCUGAGCAGUGGGGCACUGGUAUUUGAAGAUAUUUACCUUGGUACACAACCCAAAAUCCAAGCAAUACUUAAUUGUACUGACAGUAUUUUCACAUACAUUUUUAUCUUGGAGAUGGGUCUGAAAUGGGUGGCCUUUGGAUUUAGGAAGUACUUCACCAGUGCCUGGUGCUGGCUCGAUUUCAUCAUUGUGAUUGUCUCUGUGACCAGUCUCAUCGACUUAAAGGUCUUGAAGUCCUUCCGGAUUCUGCGAGCGCUGAGGCCUCUGCGAGCGCUGUCCCAGUUUGAAGGAAUGAAGGUGGUAGUUAAUGCUCUCAUAGGUGCCAUACCUGCCAUUCUGAACGUUUUGCUUGUCUGCCUCAUUUUCUGGCUCAUAUUUUGUAUCCUGGGAGUAAGUUUGUUUUCUGGAAAAUUUGGAAGAUGUGUUAAUGUGACAGAUGGAAACUCAGUUAUAAAUUACAACAUUGUUGCAAACCGGAGUCAAUGUGAAAGUGGAAAUUUCUCCUGGUUCACCCUGAAAGUCAACUUUGACAAUGUGGGAAUGGCUUACCUCGCGCUGCUGCAAGUGGCAACAUUUAAGGGCUGGAUGGAUAUUAUGUAUGCAGCUGUUGAUUCCAGAGGGGAAGGACAACAGCCAAGGUUUGAGGAGAACUCAUUAAUGUAUGUUUACUUCGUAGUUUUUAUCAUCUUUGGCUCAUUCUUCACUCUGAAUCUCUUUAUUGGUGUUAUUAUUGACAACUUCAACCAACAGCAGAAAAAGAUAAGUGGCCAAGACAUCUUUCUGACAGAAGAACAGAAGAAAUACUAUAAUGCAAUGAAAAAAUUAGGAUCCAAAAAACCUCAAAGGCCCAUCCCAAGGCCUCUGAACAAAUGCCAGGGUCUUGUUUUUGACCUAGUUACACACCAGGUCUUUGACAUCAUCAUCAUCAUCCUCAUUUUCCUCAACAUGGUUAGCAUGAUGGCUGAAUCAUAUGGCCAGUCCAAAGCCAUGGAACUCUUCCUUGAGCGUCUCAACCUGGCCUUUGUGGUCGUCUUUACAAUUGAGUGUCUCAUCAAAAUCUUUGCUUUGAGGCAAUACUACUUCAUCAGUGGCUGGAAUUUAUUUGAUUGUGUGAUUGUGGUCAUUUCUAUUGUCAGUACAAUGGUUUCUGCCUUGAAAACCCAGGCACACAUUCCUUUCCCUCCAACACUCUUCAGAAUUGUCCGCUUGGCUCGGAUUGGCCGAAUCCUGAGACUUGUUCGGGCAGCACGAGGAAUCAGAACUCUCCUUUUCGCGCUGAUGAUGUCUCUUCCCUCUCUAUUCAAUAUUGGUCUUCUACUCUUUCUGGUUAUGUUUAUUUAUGCCAUUUUUGGUAUGAAUUGUUUUUGCAAAGUGAAGGAAGAGUCUGGAAUUGAUGACAUAUUCAACUUCAAAACUUUCAAAGGCAGCAUGCUCUGCCUCUUCCAGAUAACCACGUCAGCAGGCUGGGAUGCCCUCCUCAGCCCCAUGUUGCAAUCAAAAGACUCAUGUAACCCCAAGUUAGAGAACUGUCACCUCUCUGCCAUAGCCAUAACCUACUUCGUCAGUUAUAUCAUCAUCUCCUUUCUCAUCGUGGUCAACAUGUAUAUUGCUGUGAUUUUAGAAAACUUCAAUAUAGCCACUGAAGAAAGCGAGGACCCUUUGAGUGAAGACGACUUUGAAAUAUUCUACGAAGUCUGGGAAAAGUUUGACCCAGAAGCAACACAGUUUAUCAGAUAUUCUGCUCUUUCUGACUUUGCCGAUGCCCUUCCUGAGCCUCUGCGUGUGGCAAAGCCAAAUAAAUACCAAUUUUUAGUCAUGGACUUGCCCAUGGUGAGCGGAGAUCGCCUUCAUUGCCUGGAUAUUCUGUUCGCUUUCACCGCUAGGGUACUUGGUGAGUCCAGUGGCCUGGAUAGCAUGAAAGCAGUGAUGGAGGAGAAGUUCAUGGAAGCCAACCCUUUCAAGAAGUUAUAUGAACCCAUAGUCACCACCACCAAGAGGAAGGAAGAGGAAAGAUGUGCUGCUGUUAUUCAAAAGGCCUUUCGAAAGUACAUGAUGAAGACCAAGUGUACCUUGGAAGACAGGCCUCAUUCACCCCUCCAGACACUCUGCAAUGGAGACUUGUCCAGCUCUGGGGUGGCCGAGGGCAAGGUCCACUAUGACUGAGCCCCUCACCUCCACCCCUACCUCACAGCCUCAGAGCCUUGCCUCCAGCCUCUGAGCUCCAAGGGGUCCACAGCUCAGUGUGCGAACAAGCAGUGGACUCACUGAACUAGCCAUUCCAUUUUUCUUUUUCGGGCUAAAAGAAAUGGUGUCUCUGAGUUCACUUCAAAUGGUUCUUAUAGAGAUAUAAGAUAAGGCUGCCCAACUAUAACCACCGGUACUGUUUUAACAAAGAAAAAGACACUAGAAUGGGCUGUAGAGCAGGGGUCCCCAACCCCCGGGCUGCGGACCGCGCUACCCGUCCGUGGCCUGUCAGAAACUGGUCCGCACAGCAGGAGGUGAGCGGAGGGCUAGCCACCAAGAUUUCAUCUGCCGCUGCACGUCACUCGCGUUCCGCCCGAGCCACCCCUCCGCAACCCAGUCUGUGGAAAAACUGUCUUCCGCAAAAUUGGUCCCUGGUGCCAGAAAGGUUGGGGACCUCUGCUGUAGGGGACACUAAUGUGAGGAUUGAAGCACAGUUCAAAUUAUAUCAAAAAAAAGAAUAAGAAACAGAAAACAUUAAAAUUUUAAAUUGUGUUUUUCCAAAUGUUCUUAAGUACAGUAUCCAAUACCUUUGUUUGAUGUUUUCCCCAAUAAAAUAUAUGGCUUAUCACACGUAACUCUUCUGCAUGCUAAGUGAAAAUUCAAAACCUGCCAAUAAACACUUAUUGCAGAUUUUUUUUUAACCAGCAUUAAACUUUUGGGGUUUAUUUCAAACCUAAAAGCAUGAUCAUGACUUGUCAGUUACCACCGUAUCUUUCACCAGCUGCAAUCUGUUAUAUAUUUUCGGGGAAAAAAUAAAUAAAUGAGACUUUCAGUUUGCAUUUCAUUCAGACAGUACACUAAAAAUCCUCUUGUUUGGUGGUUGUGUGAGUAGUGGUUUAAAUGUGGUACUUUGCUUGGAAUUAAAGGCCGGAGCCAGUGGUAUGCUGAAAAGUGUAUAACAAUUGCUCUUCAGGAAAAAAAAGCCAUGAUUUGUAGCAUUUACUGAUUUCUGUGGUGAAUACUCCCAUCAUGACUGAUUUCAAGCUACCAACAUGUUUCUGAACAUAGAGUUGGGAAGAGACAUCCACAAUCAGUUCUCGUGAGCUGCCCAAAGCUGGCUCAGCACACCACUGGCUGGAACCAGUAAGACAGUCUCACUUGCCUCUGGUUAAAAUAUCUGCAAUGCGCAACUUGGAUGGAGAGAGCAACCCCUUAACAACACCUGGACCCCAGGGCAGGGGAGCCAUAAGACAUACUGGUUAGCCGGUGACCUCAGGCAUUUGAUGAGCCCUACAUUCAGUUCUGGCUGAAUGUCUGCAUCAAACACAGCCCAGAGAACAACCAGGUCGAUCAGAAGGGCCUGGCCCCAGGAGUAGCCCAGGACCUUCCUAAAAACUGGAGAUGCCCAGAGGCCAAACAAGACGUUUGCUGGACUGGGGGCAAAGAACUACACUGUGAUAAUCUAGGCUUGGAGGAGAACCCUGCAGAAAUAGUACUGGAAUCCUGUAUCUCAGACAGACUGGAGGAGCUGAUGUGUCUGUCAGCAGCCUGGAGUCUGAGGCCUGAGCCUCUGCUCUGCCCCUCACUGUCCAGUGGAGGAAGAAGAAAGUCUAAAAAUCAGUUCAGUUUUGAACAUUUUGAAGGUUUAAGAUGCCAGGUCCAAGUGACAAUGUUCAGCCAGGCCUGGAACUUGAGGACAUGGCCUGGACAAGAGUCCUCAGCACAAGGGUGACAUUUGAAACCCCGGGAGCAGACUAAAUCGUGGAGGGGUGAGCAUACCAGAGGACUCGCCCUGGGGGCCAUGCUCUCAGAGAAUAAAGGACUUGGCUGCUGUGGCUGUACUGAUGUGCUCCGUAUGAAUAUCUUCUGACCCAUUCAUCAGAUCGGGGCUUCUGGGGCAGAGCUGCUGUCCUUAGUGAGGGCCUUGGACAGGGCAAGCCUAUGGAUUGAGGAAGGAAUAGGGCCAGGG